CCACCGUCGUCAGUACUGUACUGUCCUCCUCCUCCUCGCUAUAUAACCCUUCAUUCCUGCCGCGUGUUGUAGCUAUAGCUCUAGCUAGCUAUCUUGCUGCGGCCGGCCAUAUAUAACAACCGUACGUCCUCGAUCUCUCGUCCGAGAUCGAUCUGCGUGCCAAGGGAAGGGAGAUGGGGGCGGCGCCGCCAUCGUCGUGGCUUGCGUUCAUCCUGUUCUUCGGCACGUUGGUAGCGUUGCCGCAGUCGUCACACGGCGGCGGCACAACCAGACACUACACCUUCAACGUGACGAUGAAGAAGGUGACGCGGCUGUGCACCACCCGCGCCAUCCCGACGGUGAACGGCCAGUUCCCCGGCCCCAAGAUAGUCACCAGGGAGGGCGACCGCGUCGUCGUCAAGGUGCUGAACAAUGUCAAGGACAACGUUACCAUCCACUGGCACGGCGUUCGGCAGCUGCGCACGGGGUGGUCGGACGGGCCGGCGUACGUGACGCAGUGCCCCAUCCAGACGGGGCAGAGCUUCGUGUACAACUUCACCAUCACGGGGCAGCGGGGCACCCUGUUCUGGCACGCGCACGUCUCCUGGAUGCGCGCCACGCUCUACGGGGCCAUCGUCAUCCUCCCCAAGCGCGGCGUGCCAUACCCGCUCCCGGUUAAACCCUACAAGGACGUCCCAGUCAUCUUCGGAGAGUGGUUCAACGCGGAUCCAGAGACAAUUGUCGCCCAGGCGCUUCAGACUGGAGCAGGCCCAAACGUGUCGGACGCCUUCACCAUCAACGGGCUCCCGGGCCCUUUGUACAACUGCUCCAGCAAAGGUAAGACUCGGCCCGUUCAGCCAGGGCCCAUUGAAAAGUUCAAGCUCACCGUCAUGUGUCACAUGUGUGCUGCUUCCAUAGACACGUUCAAGCUGAAGGUGCUGCCCGGCAAAUGGUACCUGCUCCGUCUCAUCAACGCCGCGCUCAACGACGAGCUCUUCUUCUCCAUCGCCAACCACACGCUCACCGUCGUCGACGUCGACGCCGCCUACGUCAAGCCGUUCCGCACGGACAUCGUGCUCAUCACGCCGGGCCAGACCACCAACGUGCUCCUGCGCGCCGAGCCCGACGCGGGGUGCCCCGCGGCCACGCACCUCAUGCUGGCGCGCCCCUACGGCACGGGCCAGCCGGGCACCUUCGACAACACCACCGUCGCGGCCGUGCUCGAGUACGCGCCGCCGGGCCACAUCAGGAGCCUCCCGCUCUUCCGGCCCUCGCUCCCCGCGCUCAACGACACGGCCUUCGCCGCGAACUACAGCGCCAGGCUCCGGAGCCUGGCAACCCCGGACUACCCGGCCAACGUGCCCCGCGCCGUGGACCGCUCCUUCUUCUUCGCCGUCGGGCUCGGCACCAACCCCUGCCCCGUCAACCAGACGUGCCAGGGGCCCAACGGGACCAUGUUCACGGCGUCCAUGAACAACGUGUCCUUCAACAUGCCCACCACCGCGCUCCUGCAGGCGCACUACGGCAGCGUCGCCGGCGUGUACACGCCCGACUUCCCCGUCGCGCCGCUCGAGCCGUUCAACUACACGGGCACGCCGCCGAACAACACCAACGUCUCCCACGGGACCAAGGUGGUGGUGCUGGACUACAAUACCAGCGUCGAGGUCGUGCUGCAGGCCACCAGCAUCCUCGGCGCCGAGAGCCACCCGCUGCACCUCCACGGAUUCGAUUUCUUCGUCGUCGGCCAAGGCUUCGGCAACUACGACUCGUCCAAGGACCCACCCAAGUUCAACCUAGUCGACCCGGUGCAAAGGAACACCGUCGGCGUGCCGGCAGGGGGCUGGGUCGCCAUCAGGUUCUUCGCGGAUAAUCCCGGUGUUUGGUUCAUGCAUUGCCAUCUGGAGGUGCACACAAGCUGGGGGUUGAAGAUGGCAUGGGUGGUCAACGAUGGCCCGUUGCCUGAGCAGAAGCUGAUGCCGCCGCCGGCCGAUCUUCCCAAGUGCUGAAGAUCCACCGCGCGUUGACAUUGUCCAACAUUAUGAUUCGUUUCUACUGCAUAAACAUAUCAAUGGAGAUACACAUUGUCGUCGUACAUAUAGCGUCGUACACAGCGUUUAAAGAGGCUUUGUGGUUUCUCUAUGCAUUGUUUCUUCUUCAUUCUUCUAAAGGUUUUAAAAGUUGUGUUUUGUGAUAGGAAAUCAUUGUUUUACUUUCACAUAGAUUUUUUUUCAUCUGGAGUAGUUUGAAAUCCUUUGUUGCAAUUCGAACUCAAUAAAUAUGGUUUCAAAAAAAAACAAGUUGACCAAGUGAGAUA